GCGGCGGCGGGGAUGGAGGCCAUGGAGCCGCUGUGGGCGCUGCUGGACGAGGUGGCCCUGGAGGGGCUGGACGGCAUCACCGCGGCCGCGCUCUGGCAGCGCCUGGCCGCCCGCUCGCCGCCCUUCCCGCUGCCGCUGGAGCCCGACACGCAGCAGCUGCUCUGGGCCGCGCUCAGCGCCCAGCCCGACGUGCGCUUCUACCUCCUGCCCCGGCCGCGCCCGCCGCUCCGCCUGCACGACCGAUAUGAAGAAAUAGACCUUGAGACAGGAAUAUUGGAAACCAAAAGAGAUCCUGUUUCUUCAGAUGAUAUUUAUCCUAUCCACAUGAUUUUGGAUAACAAAGAUGGCAUACAAGGUUCCUGCCAGUAUUUUAAAGAGAGAGUAGACAUCACUGAUCAAAUAAGGAAGAGGGAUUUGCAGCCUUGUUAUACUUACAAAGAAGCUGUUGAAAAAUGGGGAGAGCAAUUAGUCAUUGUUGCUUCCCAGGAGCAGCGUUACAGAGCUUUGAUAGGCUGGGAGGGGGACCCUGACUUGAAACUCCCUGACUUUUCCUACUGCAUUCUGGAGCGUCUGGGCAGAGCUCGCUGGCAGGGAGAGCUUCAGAGGGACCUUCACACUGGGGCUUUCAAAGUGGAUGCUGGAAAGCUCCAUUAUCACAGGAGGGUGUUGGACAGAAGUGGUCUGAUAACGAUGCAGUCCCACGUCAUCCGGCUGCCGAGUGGAGCACAGCAGUACUCAAUUCUGCUGCUCCUGACUCGCUUCCACGUUGAUAGGAGGAGCAAAUAUGAUAUUCUGAUGGAGAAGCUCUCAAGUAUGCUAAGUGCUCGUUCAAACCAGAUGGAAACAUUAGGAAACUUGAGGGAAGAAUUGGGCCUUUGUGAGAGAACCUUCAAACGUCUCUAUCAGUACAUGAUGAAUGCUGGCCUGGCCAAGGUUGUGUCUGUCCCCUUGCAAGACAUAAAUCCCAAUGGAGGACCCUGCAAGACAAAGAAAGGGACUGAUGUCAUGGUCCGUUGCCUUAAACUGCUGAAGGAAUUUCGGAAGAAAAUGGAAGAUUAUCAUGACGAUGAUGAAGAGAUCAUCACAAAAGUUGUUCAGCCUGUGGAUAUUGUUUGUGAAAGGGAUAUGCUCACCCAGGCAUAUCAGUUAAUUGAAAGUAGAGGAACCAAAGGUAUUUCUCAGGCAGAACUUCGCCUGGCUAUGAAUGUGGGGAAGCUGGAAGCCAGGAUGCUCUGUCGUCUUCUGGAGAGGUACAAAGUUGUCAAGGGUUUUAUGGAGGAUGAAGGUCGGCAAAGGACAACAAAGUACAUUUCCUACAUUUUUGCAGAGGAAAGUGAUUUAAACCGUCAGUUUGAGAGGGAGAAGGCCAGGAGUGAGCAGCUGGCUACAGUUACUUUGGCUCUGGUGCCGGAAGAUUCCCCACCUGUGGAAGAUGCAUCUCCUGGAGAAGAGGAGACUGUGGCCUCAGCAUCUGACAAUGAGGAAGAAGGGAAGGACAGGAAGAAGAGAGGAAAGGGUCAAAAAGCCAGCGCUGGUUCUCCAGUGAAAUCAAGUGUCCAAGGUGAUGUUCAUCAGACAACACCAGCCAAAGGCUCAAAGCCAACAGCUGUGAAGUCUCAGGGAAAGAAGCAGCCUUCUCCUCAAAUUCUUGAAGAUCCUGAGGAGCUCCCAGACAAUAUUUCAGGGGAUAGUUCUACUUUGGGAACUCUAAAGCAGGAGUCCAAUGUUUCUACCUGUGCUCAUCCCAUGGAUGAAGAUGGAGAUGUGGCUGAGGUGGAGGAAGUCAGACUUGAAGAUCCUAAGAAGCCCUGUGGCCCCAGGAAGGAGAAGCGCUGCAAGGCGGCGGCGCUGGAGAGGCCCCACGAGACCUACAGGCUGCUGAAGCGCCGCAACCUCAUCGUGGAGGCCGUGCGCAACCUGCGCCUCAUCGAGAGCCUCUUCACACUUCAGAAGAUGGUGAUGGAUCAAGAGAAGCAAGAAGGUGUCUCCACCAAGUGCUGCAAGAAGUCCAUCGUGCGGCUGGUGCAGAGGCUGGCGCGGGACGGGCUCCUCAGGCUCUACCGCACCACGGUCAUCCAGGAUGGCAUCAGCAAAAAGGUGGAGUUUGUUGUGCACCCCUCGGUGAGUCCCAGUGAUCCCCUGGUGAAAAGCGCCAUCGAGCAGGUGCGCUUCCGCAUCUCCAACUCCAGCACUGCAAACAGGAUUAAAGUCCCCCAGACACCAACAUCCCAGGACCAUGGUGAGGAGGAAAACCAAGGUCAAGAGGCAAUUCCUGAUUCAGGAAAUACACAAGAAAGCUCAUGUAAAGCUGAUAAUAGUCGGGCAGGAAAAACUGAUGAUAAAAUGGGCAUAAUACAGCUGAAGAACUAUCAUCCUGUUACAGUUCCAGGACUUGGACGUUCUCUUGGCUUUCUUCCCAAAAUGCCCCGUUUAAGAAUGGUCCACAUGUUCCUCUGGUAUUUAAUUUAUGGACACCCUUUAAAUGAAACACGGAAAAAAGGAGGCAGUGAUGGUGAGAAAACACAAGGGCUGGAUGAGAAUGCAGCUGUAAUUGAAGCACAGCCAGAUGGGACCUUAGAAAUUGUGACAACUGUGGUGAAUCCUGAGAGCUCUGCACAGGAGACUGAAGUAGAUCUGUCUAGUCAAACAGUGUACGUGGAUGACUCCUCCUGGAUGCGUUACAUCCCUCCCCUGCCCAUGCACAGGGAGUUUGGCUUUGGAUGGGCUCUGGUCAGUGACAUUCUCCUCUGCCUGCCUCUCUCAGUCUUUGUUCAGAUUGUACAAGUCAGCUACAAGGUUGAAGGUCUGGAAGAUUUUUUAAAUGAUCCACUAAAAAAGCACACUCUGAUCAGAUUUCUUCCAAGGCCAGUCCGACAGCAGCUCCUCUACAAAAGGAGGUACAUCUUCUCAGUGGUAGAAAACCUUCAGAGAUUAUGUUACAUGGGACUUCUGCAGUUUGGCCCAACAGAGAAGUUUCAAGACAAAGACCAGACAGAGAGCACCUGCAAAGGAGAAAGCAGACCAGACUUUAUGAGGAUAAGAAAGGUGUUUGUGUACAUGAAGAGAAAUGCUGUGAUUGUGGACACCACCAUCUGUGACCUGCACUACAACCUGGCCCAGAGCAGCCGCCCCUUUGAGCGGCGCUGCUACGUCCUCAACACCCUGCAGGACGUGGAGAACUUCUGGUUUGAUCUGCAGUGUGUCUGCCUGAACACACCCCUGGGAGUUGUCCGCUGUCCUCGGACAAAGAGGAGCAACCUUGCAGGGGAGGAGACUUCCCUGGAUGUGGAAAAGGAGCAGGAGUCAGCAGUGAACAAACACAACCUGGAGCGAAAGUGUGCCAUGCUGGAAUACACCACAGGCAGCAGAGAGGUGGUUGAUGAUGGAACCAUCCCUGGAGAUGGGCUGGGAGCUGCAGGUCUGGAUUCCAGCUUUUAUGGGCAUCUGAAACGCAACUGGAUCUGGACAAGCUACAUCAUCAACAAGACCAGGAAGGAAAAUACAGUUCCUGAAAAUGGGCUGACAGCGAGACUCCAAACGUUCCUCACCAAACACGCCCUGCCACUCAGUACUGGAGGAAACAAAAUUAAUAUUUUGGGAGAAGCAAAGGUAGGAUCAGAGUCACUUAUCCAGAAAGAGGAAUGUAUUGAAAUAACUAAAGAACCAACCCAGGAUCGAACUAAACGAGUGAGAGGUGGAAAAAGCCAAAAGAGGAAGAGGCUUAAGAAAGAUGUUGGAAAGAAGACAAAGAAGAAAAAGAAAGAAGAGGAUUCUGCAGACAAAAGCAAGCGGCUGCGCUACCACGACAAGGCUGACCAGAGCGCCCUGCUGAGGAUGACGCGGCUGCGCGUGACCUGGACGGUGCAGGAGGACAGCCUGCUCAUGCUCUGCAGGAUUGCCAGCCACGUGCUCAAUGCCAAGGUGAAAGGGCCCUUUGUGCCCUGGCAGGUGGUGAGGGACCUGAUGCACUCCAGCUUCGAGGAGUCCCUGGAUAAAACCUCCCAUUCCGUGGGACGCAGAGCCCGCUACAUUGUCAGAAACCCACAGACCUACCUCAAUUACAAAGUUUGCCUUGCUGAAGUUUACCAAGAUAAAGCCCUCAUUGAUGAUUUUAUGAAUAGAGAAAAUAAUUAUGAAGAUCCACAGGUUUGUGCAAAUGAGUUUAAAGAGUUUGUAGAAAGACUGAAAGAGAAAUUCAGUUCGACCCUGGGGAACCCCAAACUGGAGAUUCCUGACACUCUGGAGGAACUCUUUGCCAGAUUUCGAGUGCUGGCAAUCGGAGAAGACACAAAUCAAGGCACAAAAGAGGAUAACCUGAGCAGUAUUUAUGAUAUUCAUUUUCUGGUGCUGCAGAAUCUGAUUCAGAGCACACUGGCACUCUCAGAUCACCAGAUGGAAUCUUGCCAGUCAUUUCAGACGUUCAGGCUGUACCAGGAGUACAGGGAUGACAUCCUGGUGAAGGCUUUCCUGGAGUGCCAGAGGAGGAGCCUGGUCAACCGCCGCAGGGUCAACCACACGCUGGGGCCCAAGAAGAGCCGCGCGCUGCCCUUCGUGCCCAUGUCCUACCAGCUGUCCCAGAGCUACUACAGAGUUUUUACGUGGCGCUUCCCCAGUACCAUUUGUACAGAGUCCUUCCAGUUCCUGGAGAAGCUCAAGGAUGCUGAAAAAUCAGACCAGCCACACAAUUUCUCAUUUAAAGAUGAAGAAAAUGCAUCAUCAGAAGGCAUGGUGGCAUUUCCCAUGGAUGGCCCUGGUGGCCAGUGUGUGGCCAUGCUCUCCCUGUUCUCCCUGGGACUGGUGGCUGUGAAUGUGAGAAUCCCAGAGCAGAUCAUUGUGGUGGACAGCUCCAUGGUGGAAAAUGAAGUGAUAAAAAGCUUGGGAAAAGAAGGACUGGAGGACGAGGAUGAUGAGGAUGACGACUUGGACGAGAGCUCGGGAGGCAAACGCAGGAUCGAAGUGAAGCCUCGCCAGGCCUCUCACACCAAUUAUUUACUGAUGAGAGGCUACUACUGCCCUGGCAUCGUCAGCACGCGCAACCUGAGCCCCAGCGACAACAUCGUGGUCAACUCCUGCCAGGUGAAGGUCAGGCUCAGGUGCACCCCCAUCCCAGGAAGGCUCAGCUCUCCAGUUCCUUCCCUGCUGGAUCACAUGGCUGUUGGCAUCUCCUGCCUCCCUGAAACUUUCACCAGGCUGAUAAAAAUCCAGGAAGAAAACUAUGAUGUGGAUAAGUUUCUCCACGAGUGUAGGGAGCGUUAUGGGUACAGCCCCGGGGAUGUGGCAGCUGCUCUGGAGAUCAGGAAGGCCAUAGAGGCCACUUCCCACUUUGGGAUUUGCAAAGCUGAGCUGAGCAAACGUUUCUGCAGCUAUGAGCAGGUGGAAGCUGAACGCAGCAGGAGCUUGGAGCAGUACAUCCAGGACCUCAUUGAAAUGCAGCAGGUUUUAGAAGUAGGAGGCCACACUGUCAGACUGGUGGCCAUAGUGUUUGCCAAGCCCUGGCUGCUACGCUCAGUGUGCCUGAAGAACAAAGCAGAGGAUGCUGAGCAGCCAGGGGCAGACCCUGCUCUCCCAGAUGAACACCUGCCCUCGGAGCCAGGGAAGGGACUGGAAUGUCUGGGAGAGGAGGAGCAGCUGGGAAAAGACACACAGUGUGCCAAUGAUGACGAGCCCCCGAGGAAGAGAUGUAAGACUGACAUCCUUCAGAGUGACAGUCACCUCUGCCAGGGUGCACAGCCUGCUCUGGCAAGUGCAGAUGGCAGGAACUUGGAUGCAGCUGUUUCUGAGCCUGUCCCAAGGAAGGAAGCUGUUACUGGGAGUGAAGAAGCUCCAGGAGGAGGCUCCCUGGAGCCUCCAGCUGAACUCCCAGAGCCUGCUCCAGAGGCUGUGGAUGUGGACACUUACAAGGAACAAGAUAAAUCUCAUUCUGAGGACAAAGAACCUGAAGUAGAGAACGAUGAGCUCAGCACUGAGCACAGCAAGCAGAUCCCUAUCCCUGAACAAUCAGCCAGUGAGCAGGAUGAUGAUCUUUCCUGCUUCCAGGAGAACCCAGGAGUCUCUAAAGGAAGCUCCAUGACAGAUGUCUCCCAGGCAGCCAGGGACGGGGCCUGUGAGAGCGUUUCCUUCAUCGGGAGGCCGUGGAGGAUCGUGGAUGGGAAGCUGAACAAGCCGGUGUGCAAGGGGAUGAUGGAGGCCGUGCUCUACCACGUGAUGAGCAAGCCGGGCGUGCCGCAGGCCGGGCUGCUGCAGCACUACAGCGGCGUGCUGCAGCCCGUGGCCGUGCUGGAGAUCCUGCAGGGUCUGGAAACUCUUGGUUGCAUCCGACGAUUCUACAUGAAAAAGCCAUCCCCAGUGUCACUCUUUUCUCAGCCAGUUGUGGAAGAACAACUACAGAAUCCCAAACUAAGUGAAAGCCCAACCAUCUACUAUGAGCCCACAAUAGACUGUACUCUCAGGCUGGGGAGAGUGUUCCCCUGCGACAUGAACUGGAAUAAAUGGGUGCAGAUUAUCCCUGGAUAGAAGGGGUAAAGCUCAGUGAUAGGAAAUUGGCCUUGCCUGUGGGAGAGAGUGUUCAUGGAGAUGAAAUGUUACAAUUUGUGCUCCAUCAUGUUUUUAUUAAGUUAUUUAUCGUUUUUACUUCUGAAUGUAUUUAAACUGAGAAUAAAGCUUGAUGUUAAAACACAAGUAA